UCUAUAUUUUGUAAUGUAUUCUUUUGCACGAAAUACUUUGAAAUUGAAAGUCGUUGCCAAGCUUGGAAAAGUUGUUUAAAAAUGGCUGCCUCCACAACACUCCUACGUGAAUCCGUGAAGGAACGCAUGCUAUAGACAGACACAAGUUUGAAGAUUUCAUGCUAAUACCAACACAUCAUGCCUCCAGCUGUUGGCAGGAAGAAAACUGUUGUAUGUUAUAUCUGUGGCCGAGAAUUUGGUUCCUCAUCUUUGUCAAUACAUGAACCCCAGUGCCUGAAAAAAUGGAGAGCUGAAAAUGAUAAACUUCCUAAAGCUCAGCGGAGGAAAACACCUACACGGCCAGAGAUCUUGCCAUCUGUUGGUAACGGAAAUAAUUCUGAUAUAGAAAGAUUUAAUGAGGCGGCGUGGAAAAGUGCUCAAGGACAGUUACUGCAGUGUGAAAAUUGUGGGAGAACAUUUAAUCCAGAUAGAUUACCAAUACAUCAAAGGUCUUGUAAACCAGGUAAACAAAAUACGGCUGCUGUAAAGCAAAAUGAUGACUCAGAGUUCCGCCCAAAAACAGCAACAGUUGUUAAUCCAAAAGUUGUCAAUGAAGAGAACAGUGUUGCUUUGGAGAAACAAACAACUAGGACAGGUGAUAGGCCGGACUCUAACCAGUCUGCCGGAACACCAACAAAUACCAAACAGACUGUGUCUCCAACUAAAAAGAAAGAGACUGCCUCAAGUAACCAGUCUAAGAUGAAACCACCAGCUGGACCUAAGUUUGUACUGUGUUAUAUCUGUGGACGUAAAUUUGGAGAAGCAUCUGUUGCUAUUCAUGAACCUCAGUGCUUGGAAAAAUGGAAAAUUGAAAAUGACCGACUACCAAAAGGUCAAAGACGACCACUGCCAAAGAAACCAGAAGUGCUACAGUCAGGUGGGAAAUAUGAUGUGGAUGCUAUGAAUGAGGCAGCUUGGAGAAGUGCACAGUCUCAACUAAUACCCUGUGAUGGAUGUGGCAGAACUUUUGCACCAGAUCGCCUUGCUGUUCAUCAGAGAGCUUGUAAAAAUUCUGGUAAAGGUGGAGCAAAACCUGCCCAACAAGGAGGAAGUGGUGCUUCUAAGAAGUUUGUAGAUGGUCCAGGUAUAAAACGGGAAGGAACAUAUACCUCUGAUAAUCCUAGUCCACCAAAGUCUAUCGUACCACCAGGUCCAAAAUUUGUUCUAUGUUAUAUAUGUGGUAGGAAAUUUGGCACAAAAUCAAUAGACAUUCAUUCACCUCAGUGUUUAGAAAAAUGGAAAAUAGAAAACGAUAAAUUACCUAAAUCGCAGAGGCGUCCAGUUCCAAAAAAACCUGAAGUUGCCGUGGGUAGCGGUCAGUAUGAUGUUGAUGCUAUGAACGAAGCUGCCUGGAAAAGUUCUCAAGCCCAGUUGAUACCAUGUGAAAAUUGUGGACGAACAUUUGCUCCCGAUAGACUGGCUGUUCAUCAACGUGCGUGUAAACCUAAAGAUGGGUCAGCACCUAAACCAAGUACCAGUGGUACACAGUCUACUUCAGGUUCAGGGUCAUUUGGAGGUGGACCAAAGCCACCAAAAGAAGGAGCAAAAGGUGGUCCACGUACUGUUGUCUGCUACAUUUGUGGAAGAGAGUUCGGAUCUAAGUCUAUAGGUAUCCACGAGCCACAGUGUCUGGAGAAAUGGAAAGUGGAAAAUUCCAAACUACCAAAAGGACAGAGAAGACCUGUUCCUAAAAAACCAACUGGCGGCAUGACAAAGGAAGAGAUGAACGAUCUAGCCUGGGAGAACGCUAAGGCUCAACUUCUACCAUGUGAUAACUGUGGUCGUAGAUUUGCACCUGACAGAUUACCUGUCCAUCAGCGCUCCUGUAAACCCAAGGGUGGCUCCGCCCCUAAAGGAGGUGCUAGUGGUGGCUUUGGCUCUUCUGCUCCGGCUCCUGUGAUAAAGAAACCACCAUCUAUGGUAUGUUAUAUCUGUGGUCGAGAGUUUGGUACCAAGUCUAUAUCUAUACAUGAACCACAAUGUCUGGAGAAAUGGAGGGUACAGAAUGCUAAAAUGCCUCCUGGUCAAAGAAGACCAGAACCAAAGAAACCUGAAGUUAGAAAAAUUGGAGGUUCUGGCAGUUACGACGUAGAUGCAAUGAAUGAGGCAGCCUAUCAGAGCGCCAUGUCAAACUUGGCACCUUGCCCAAACUGUGGCCGCACCUUCAACCCAGACCGGCUGCCUGUACACUUGAAAAGCUGUAAACCAAAACCUCCCAAAAAUGAUGCUUAAAACACAAACAACACCUUGUUGUUAUAUAAAAAAGCAAUGUAUAAAAUAUAAACAAUUUGUUACAAUAAUGAAAAACAAUGUUAAAACACGGGCAACGACUAGUUAUAACACUGCAAUAUUUGCACAGUUUGUACAUUUGUUAAUUAUUUAUUUAUUAACAUUUACUGUCAGGUCAAAAGAUCUAUCUUAUCAGUUGUAACAUAUCAUUUUAACAGCUUACUGCUUAGUCUGUUGUAGGAAGAAAGACAUAAAUUUUAUUUCAGAUAUGCUGAAUUCAGGCAGAUAUUUCACGUGCAUGACUAUUUAAUUUUAAAAUAUACAGACAAGUCCUGGUUGCAUUCCAUUGAAAGUCUUCAGCGUAUACUAAAUUCUAGGACAUAGGACCAACUUUAGGACUAACAUAAGACCAUUUCAAUGAAUAUUUUAUCUUUAGUCAAAGACUUUUAGACUUUUAACAUUCACCUUCCUAAGAAAAGAUAAGAAAUACAAUGGCACAUAAUCUAAUUCAUUAUGUGUUAAUGUUCAACUGUAUUGCUAUUUAGAAAUUAAAGGAGUCAUAAUAAAGAGCAAUUGCCUUGAAAUACAAAUUGGUCUUAGUUUUGGUCCUAAGACAGAUUUAAGACGUAGGAUUUUCUAAGAAAUGCAUCUCUGAACAUUUUAAUUUUGUAAUGGGAUCAAUAUAAAAUCAAAUAUUUUAAACAAAUAUAACUAUACAGAACUUUCAUAUUUAUCAUAUUUUCAUACUUGAAUCAUCAUUUAGAAUUAUAUCAAUAAAGAUAGUAAUCAUUAUCCUUUUACGACAAAUUUAUAAUUUAAAUAGUAUAGUCAUACAUGCUAUAACAGAAACUUCAUGUAUCAUUUACACACAUGUUUAAUGUUGGGCUUUAUUUUACAUAUUUAGUAACCAAGUAACUUAAACUAUUUUAUACUUCAUUUGGUUGAUACUGUUGUUUAAUAGUUGUCCUUAAAAUUUACAAAGAUUGUGUUCUGAACAAAAAAUCUGUGAUUUUUUUCAUUACAUGUAUACAAAUAUAUAUUUUUAGUUUUAUUCGAGGUUGUUUUAUUUCAACUUUUUAUUACCAGCAUUGCUUGUUGUCUUCAAGCUAACCAUAAAUACAUUAACUUACAUGUACCAGUAUUUAAUACACUUGUUAAAUAAUUAAUUUUGAUGCUUUUGAACAUUUAUAAAAACUUCAAUUCGAGCCACAUUUUGUUACAUAAAAUAUAUUUAUUUUUAGUUGUGUUACAUUGUUGCUUUUAUAGUGUUAUUCUUUAAUAAAAACAUAAAAUAAUUUA